AUUAGACCGAAGAUUUUUUUGAGAGGACGUAUAUUUUUUUCGAGCGAUCCGUUGUAUCUUUCGUUUUCGUUCACUUUGGGAUUUCGAUCUGAUUACGAUGGGAACCCUUUUAAAGUGUUUUCAAUGCGGGGGCAAAGGCCACUUCGCGCGUGAAUGUCCCAGUAAGGUGGGGGGUAAUGCUGUUAACACUGGGGGUCAAUCUACCUUUUCUGCCCCAUCUACUCCACGUUUCUGGACUCCACGUAGGAACCAGGUGGAAGAUGUGGAGAAAGAGUUUCUUAGGGAACUCAUCACCGAGAGGAAGGAGGAGAAAGCGCGUAAGAGGGAACUCGAGGAGCAAAGGAGGUUCGAUGAGCGGUUGAAGGUCGAGAUGGCCGAGUAUGCUGAAGCUACUAAGGCUGAUGUCAUGGCGGCCGUUGGUAGGCAAUAUCUUGGGCAAAAAGAGGAGGUUAGGAGGGAGGAGGUAAGAUGGGUGGAGCAACGUAGGGCUCAGUCUCCCCCACCGAGACAAAGAAAGGAGUAUGUUGACAGAGACGAAGUUGAUAUGGAGGUCGAUGACCUGGAUGAGGAGAUUCACCGUCUAUCUGCGCUGCGUGAGAAGAGGAGGAAGGGGAAGGAGCCGGUGAGACCUGGCUUUAGACAACCGCUUUUUUCCGCUCCUGCCGGUGAUGUUAAUAGUACUCCAGGGCGGGCUGGUUGUUCGCGGCGCCCGGAGGAUGAGACUAGGACCAAGAUCCCUGCGGGUUGUGGACCCGAAGGGCUUUUGGAUUUCGUUCUUGAACAGAAGAAAAAACUGUCUGCAAUGCGUCAAGAUGAGCUGAAGCGCAUAUGCAGCAAGGAAGGCCUUCGUUAUUGUACUAAGGGUCCCUCUAUUGAUCGGAUUGUUGCGGCUAGGACCAAACUGGCGUACGAGGGGUUCAUAUUUUCACCAGCCACAUCGGCACAAGGUUCUCCAGAGGUGGAUCUUGCAGACUGACUGCGUGGUUACUCUACUCUGAGGCUAUGGGAUAACCUUCUAUCCUCCAUGAGCCAGCGGAUUGUUGCUUUUAAAGAGG